AGGCGCACUGCAGCCUCCCAGGGUGGAUCUCUCCUCUCUCCCUGAAUCAAGCCUUUCAUGUCACCAGUGCUACUCGCAUGUGCGGACGCAGCCAGUCUCUUCCCCGUGACGCCACCGAGGCUGGGCUCAGAGGGCUCGGAUCAUAAUAUUUAACACACCCACCCCGGACGAGCACUUGGAGGGAGGACGACGCGGCGCAAAGAGGACGAAUGACAGCGGGAUCCGUGCACCUGCCGGCCCAGACGGUCUGAUCUGACUUCAGGCUUUCCAGACAGGAGCGGGACAGCAUCGUGCCACCGAUCACCUGUAAUUCCCGUGGAAUUUCCCGUUUGGCUCCUGAUCGUAAAUCAGUUGGGAGGGUGCGAUUUUACGGACCGUAUCCGCGUCUGGUGCGACUUUUAUUCUCCAAACCAGAAAGCAGUUUUGACACAUCUGACAUCUCACUUCGUGCCAGCAACGAGGAAGCGGGUCUGAGGACGAGCAUCGCGCGGUUCGGCCGGACUUCCCUCUGGUACCGACAACGCAGUGGAUGAGGGACACUUCAUCCAGCGCUGAGCCGCUGCCGGUGAAGUGUCCGGUGCUCGUAAUGUGUCGAUCCGUGCACCUGUCCGGGAUAGAAGAUAUGGGACUAUUGUAAAAAAAAAAAACAACAACAACUAGUGAGCACGACAUGGAGUUCUUAACAUAGCGCAUACGCGUGUUGUGCGCAAUGAUCGCAGUGAGUCUUCAAACCCAAACCGCCGCUUUGUCAUCGAGUACCACCGCUGGACAUCCGCGUCUGUGCCGCGAGGUGCGCUGCGCAUAAACGCUCAUCCCUCGCAGAGAAAGAAGACGACGAAGAUGAUUCUGUUCCGCAAAUUCAGAGUCCUGAUACUCAUGGUGUUCCUCGUCGCGUGCACCAUGCACAUCAUGAUAGACCUGCUGCCCAAACUGGAGAAAAGGGCGACGGGGGCGGACGGCGGCGACGGCGGCUGCCAGUGCGCGCACCGCCCGGGCGGGGAGUCGCAGGGCUGGGCGAAGCAGCGCGCCAGGGCGCCGGCGGACGCGGGCUGGCCUAACAAGCACACGCUGAGGAUCCUGCAGGAUUUCAGCAACGAGCCGAGCUCCAACCUCACGUCGCACUCCCUGGAGAAGAUCACCGCGGCCGGCGACAAGGCGGAGUCCGCGCGGAGGACGGGGCCGGCGGCGGCGAAGGCGGAGGACCACAAGCCGCUCAUCGGGGACGCGAGCGGCGCUCGGACCGCCGCCGUCCACGGCGUCUCCCGACUGGCCGCGCUGUUCGAGCAUCCCUCAUACAAAGUUGACCUUCCUCCUCUCACGGACGAGGACACGUUGUUCAACGUGAACACUGACAUCAGGUUUUACCCGAGAUCAACAGGGAACCAAGGCUGGCACAACGAGGAUGGGAACGAGGAGGAGGAGUUCUCCCCGACGGGAGAGGUGACGGCGGAGUCGUACCCCAACUGGCUGCGCUUCCACAUCGGGAUCAACCGCUACGAGCUCUACUCCAGACACAGCCUGGUGCUGGACGCGCUGCUGAAGGACCUGGUGACGCAGAAGAUCACCAGCGUGGCCAUGAAAUCGGGAGGCACCCAGCUGAAGCUGAUCAUGACGUUCCAGAACUACGGACAGGCGCUGUUCAAGCCCAUGAAGCAGACGCGGGAGCAGGAAACCCCCCCGGACUUCUUCUACUUCUCUGACUUCGAGAGGCACAAUGCUGAGAUCGCCGCCUUUCACCUGGACAGGAUCCUGGACUUCCGGAGGGUCCCCCCGGUGGCGGGACGCCUCGUCAACAUGACGAGGGAGAUCAGAGAUGUGACACGCGACAAGAAGCUGUGGAGGACCUUCUUCAUCUCUCCAGCCAAUAACGUGUGCUUCUACGGGGAGUGCUCCUACUACUGCUCCACCGAGCACGCUCUGUGCGGGAAGCCGGACCAGAUCGAAGGCUCGCUCGCCGCGUUCCUGCCGGAUCUCAACCUGGCCAAGCGCAAGACCUGGAGGAACCCGUGGCGGCGCUCCUACCACAAACGCAAGAAAGCCGAGUGGGAGGUGGAUCCAGAUUACUGUGACGAGGUGAAGCAGACGCCUCCGUAUGAUCGCGGCACUCGACUGCUGGAUGUCAUGGACAUGACCAUCUUUGAUUUUCUAAUGGGGAACAUGGAUCGUCAUCAUUAUGAAACGUUUGAGAAGUUUGGAAACGACACCUUCAUUAUUCACCUUGACAACGGACGAGGGUUCGGCAAACACUCCCAUGAUGAGCUGUCCAUCCUGGUGCCUCUCAGCCAGUGCUGCAGGGUGAAGAAAUCGACUUAUGUGCGUCUCCAGCUUCUGGCCAAGGAGGAGUACCAGCUGAGCUCCCUGAUGGAGGAGUCGCUGCUGCGUGACAGACUGUCCCCCAUCCUCAUCCAUCCUCACCUCCAGGCAAUGGACCGCAGGCUCCGGCUGGUUCUGCAAGUUCUGGCCGGCUGCAUAGAGAAGGACGGCUAUGUUAAUGUCGUGGAGGAGGAUUUAGCCGGGGACACGUCCACCCACAGGAGCCCAGGCCACAGGUAGUGAGGGCGAGAGAGACACGGAGCCGCAGUGACCCGUGGCCCUUCACUGACGGGACUGGACCCAAAACCAGCUGAAGCUGAAUUCAAUGAAUUCCAAGACUUGCCAUCAUUGCCUCUAUGUGUGUUUAUAUAAACAAAACCGUCCACAGACACAAGGAAAGACUGAACAAACACGGAGACGUUACGUUCUUCGAUUCAGAUACACUUUUGUUUUAUCAGGUGCGUAACACAUCUGGAACCACUGCUGUGUUCUUUAAUAUGGAGGGCAUCACUUUAUUGUUUUAUUAAAUUAGUGCAUAGGAAAAUGAGAAUCUACACUGACUGGUCAGUAUGUGGUCACAAAAUAAGCUUUAUGAGUUAAUGUAUGAUAAUGUAUGAGAAGGUUAAGAAAGUGUGUUUGAGGACCCUGUUCCCUCUGUAAAACAUGCUGACAGGCGUUCACCCUCGCACUGACAGAGGGAGAGAUGACACUACAUCUGAACAGCAGCAAGCGUAUUCCACACCGUCGUUGAAGCAGGACGUUCACUUUGCCUUACUCCAGUUUUGUAUCAUGUUUGUACUUUCACAUCCACACAGCACAGGCAGUACACCCCGACACCCGAAAUCACUACUUUCCAAGCCGGAAACACUCUGUGGACCACACUGAUGCUGGUUAAAGCCCAUUCAACGAUCAGUCCAAGGCAUCGUCAUUGCGUUCUGCAGAACGGAGACGUUUACUUGUAUCUGCUACGAUUCGCACAAAGCCAAAUGUUACUUCUACUUCAUUUUAUGACCAAAUUACAAUUGAUGUCGCUUCCUUUAGAAUUUACCCACUAAUUAAAUUGUCAUGACUGAAGUGGAGCCAGUGCAAUGGGAGUUUGGUCCUGGGAGUCCUGUGUACUGGCUGACCCAGUACCUGUGCAAUGACACAAACGCAGUACUUGAAUGUGGGGUUGGCUGUGGACAGGAUGGAAGCUAAAAGCAGCGUGAAGCCUGGAAGCUGGACUGGAGUCCGCUCGGGGGUGAUCAAGGGGAUAAAACGCCUCGUCCCACCGGAGGGACGACCUCUGGCGCUGUUCUUUGAUUUUCAUAUUCUCUGUGUAAAUACCUAUAAAUACUUUCAAGACCUAACAAGCUGCACUGCACAGUGGUUUGCUUCUGUUUUCUGCUUUUGCAUUGUUACUGUGAAGAUCUGUUUAUCGAAGUGUGCAAUAAAAACGAGUAAGGAGAAA